AUGUCGGCAGAUGAUAGGGACUACAUCAUGCUAAGGUGUCUAGAGCAAGGGGCAGUGUUCUUCAUGAGCAAGCCGAUUCACCCGGAAGAACUCAAGAAUGUCUGGCAAUAUGCAGUCAAGGGCAGAAAGGGGAAAUCGAUUCCGAUAGAGCGAAUAGCUAGGCCCAUUCCAGGCAGUGGACCUCUCGGGCUGGCUGAUUCAGGGCCCAGCAGCAACCACCACCAUCGGCAGCUCGGUGCUACUUCUGCAUUGUCCAGUAAUAACCUCAUCAGGGACAGCAGUCAUCCUAACAGGCCGCAGAACCCUAACGAGGUCAGCCAUGAUUGCGAGAAGCAGCAGCAGGAGCCAGAGAAGAGGAAAGUACAGGAUAAGGGGCAAACCAGCACGGAGAAGCCGAAUAAGAGGCCAUACAUGGUCCCGACCCCAAGGAAGAUGAAAAUCUCUUGGACGGCUCCUCUUCACUACCGAUUCUUGCAAGCCCUAAGCAUUGUCGGAUCAGUGGAAAAGGCUGUACCAAAGAAAGUCCUGGACUUGAUGAACGUCCCCGGGUUAACAAGAGAGAAUGUGGCUAGUCAUUUGCAGAAGUACCGCCUCUUCUUAAAGGAAGUUGCAGAGAGUGCUAAGUCCCAAGGGUCCACCUCUCCGACGGGGUUCCCUCCGAUGAUUGAGAACGAACCUGAUAUCACACCAGGUGUUCUCGAUAUCAGAACCCCGCGCCCCCUGGAAGCGCUCCAACCCAAUCACGUGACGUUUUCAAUUCACGAUUAUUACCGGAGCCACCGCGCGUCCUUGUUCCCUGGUAAGCCGCCUUUGAAUCCCAAUAUUGUAUCGAACUACGGGUCGCUUGGUAGACCGAUCGCCCCCCUGCCAAAGGCCAAUAAUCGACGAGCUAGCUGGAAAAAGUCUAUUACAGUCGACGGAAGCAACCACUGCGGCCUUUACCAACCUGAUAGAUCAGCAUUGACUACUGCUCCGAUGGAUCGGAUGAACGUAAAUGGAGCUCCACACAGGAAUUCCCAUUUGAAAAGAAAUUAUGCCUCCCUUGGCUCAGGAUAUUCUACACAAGGUCCCGGGAAUUCAAGCCAAACGCAUCAACAAGAAAACCUGCUAGCACCAAAGCGUUUUGCCUCGAGGCUGCUCGGGUACGGCCAAGCAGCUAGCGGAAUGAGCAACAUAGAUUCAAUCAUUGGAAGCAGGGGCUCUUUCGCAAAUUAUCUUAUUCCUCCUUCAUCCGCGCAACCUAACGAGAACAGCAAUUAUGCUGGGAUUCGAUUGACUGGGAAUGGAGACUUACUUGGACUAGGGCAACCCCACAAACCUAACAUUGCUGCGAUUGAAAAUAAUGAAAUUUAUGCUGGCUUUGGCUCGAUGGGAGGCAUUCCUCCUCGCACUGAAAAAGCAACUCUUCUCGGACAAGGAACCUCCAACAGCAAUUGUUUUUCUCCUGGGGAAUCUUCAACCUCUAAAUUUUGGCUUGCAAGCCCAUCAGAAGUUUUUCCCAGUGCCGAUGAUCAAGGGCUUGCUGCUCCCAAGGAAGUAGAAAAUCCUUUCGCACUUGAAGAAUUGAUAAAAACUGUUCUGGGAGAAAAUGAUGACAAUCCUGAUCAUCUAAUCCCAGGCGAAGGCAGCUCAAACAGUUUUCCCUUAGAGAACGCCGUCAAUUACCAUUCGGCUUUGCCGACGCAAGACCAUGGAAAGAAUCCGAUCUCGGAUGUCGGAAAUGGUUCGUAUCAGGUUCAGGUGAAUGCUCAAAGAAAUGAAGUUGUGAACUCUGACGUUUGCCAUUCGUACAGUGGUGAAGGCAACAGUUCGGCAUGGGACAAACCAUCUCCAGGACAGUAUCUUGUCAUCGAUGGAGACUUCAUUGACGAGGAGAUUGCGUACCUAUGUGCUGAUUUCUUUCCUGUCUUUGAUAAGAACCCUAAUCAAUUGAAUUCAAUCUCUCAGGAGCAAGGAAGUGGAAAUAAUUUUAAUGCUGUUACCAACAACACCAUGCAAUCGGCGGGGAAUCUCACAACUAAUGCAUCUGAGGAGAAGGAAUUCGAUGAGGAUUUCAUAAAUUCAGUGCUGGAUGGAGUUGAACCCUAUCUCAAUGAGGAUUGA